UCGGCCGGAAUGUUCUUCAUGUGACAGAAAUCGAUUGUAAAAGAUUAUUGAAUUAAAAUUAUUUUAUUAACCAUUUUUGUAUGGUUUUUCCACUGUGUAUUUAAAUAGGAUUUAUCAUACUUAUCGCUCGGCUUUGUAUUAGUCCCAAACGGUUUAUUUUAAACUAUAAUAAUGGGAAACGCUGUAUCCGCAGCUGAGGUGGCAGCGACACAGCUUAUCCAACCUGCGACUAUCGAUGUGGAGCCCAAAAUUCAAUCAAAACAUGAUCACUCUCAAUAUGUGCAUGGAAAUUAUAAACCUGGAGAAAUUCCUUUAGAUAUGAAGGGCAAAGUUGAUCAUUCUCAAUAUGCACAUGGCAAUUUUAAAGCUGGGGAUAUCCCAGAGGAAUGUCCUAUGCAUAAAAAAUUACAACCCACAGCUUCUGAAUGUCCUGUAAAGGGUGAUGAUAUAAACCCUUUAAAUAUGAUGCCAGCAGCUAAUCAACAACCUUCACCAGGUCAACCAUUUUCGUUACCGACGAAUCGCCAAGUUUCUACAAUUCCAAAAGCAAUAAUUAAAGAAGGUGAAGGUCCAUAUUGGGUGUACCCAAGUGAACAGAUGUUUUGGAAUGCAAUGCUUAGAAAAGGUUGGAGAUGGCGUGAUGAAGACAUUGAACAACAAGAUAUGGCAAAUAUAAUUAAGAUUCAUAAUGCAAACAAUGAGCAGGCUUGGAAAGAAGUGCUUAAAUGGGAGGCGUUACACGCCAGGGAAUGCCAAUGUCCUAAAUUAAAGAGUUUUGGUGGCAAAGCUACUGAUUAUAGUCCAAGGGCUAGAAUUCGUCAACUAAUGGGGUAUGAAUUACCAUUUGAUAGACACGACUGGAUUAUUGAUAGGUGUGGGAAAGAAGUGAGAUAUAUUAUUGAUUAUUAUGAUGGGGGAAAAAUUGACAAUAAGUAUCAGUUUGCUUUGUUAGAUGUGCGACCAGCUAUGGAUAGUUUUGAAAAUAUAUGGGACAGAAUGAAAGUUACUUGGUGGAGAUGGAUGUACAGUGAUGAAUAGGCUCCAUAAAAGAAAAGAUACUAUUCUUUUUAUUGUUUAUUUAGAAAAACUUAGAUUUGUUUAGGUUUGUUAAUUAUUUAAUAAAGAAGACAUCUCAU